UGGGUAACACUUUGGCCUUCAACUAUACCUUAUAGUUAUUUGGGAUUAUUUGGUAGCUUCCUUAACUAUUUAGUGGAAAACCACCACAAAUGGGUAUGCUAUGGGUUCUGGGUGUCCUGGUUGAUUCACAUUGUAGAAGCUCUCUACGGUAUUAAGUUAUGCCAAUCUAAAGGAAUCACUGACCCAGGAGUUCAGUUUCAAUGGUUUGUUCAGACCCUUCUGUUUGGCUAUGCUUCCUUUGGUCUUCUGGUGUCUUACAAACCUUCAGCCAAGAAGCAGUACUAG